AUGCGUGGAAAGUAUCAAAAAAUAAAAAGUUUAUUAGGUGAUGAAGAUAUUUAUCAAAUGAUUACAGAAUAUCUUUGGUGUGUUGGUUGUAAUGUGACAGUAGGCAGAUUUAAAAUUUACAUUAAACAAGAAAUAUUCUCAAAAAAAGGAGUUAGACUUAGUUUGCAUGUUAGUGAUUUUCUUACAGAAGUAGAUGGACGUCUAAAAACUAAAGAAAAAGAAGCAUGUGUUAUAAUGAAACCAGGAAUAAAUCAUGAUGGAUGGUGA